CAGAACUUAGUAUACAUUAAAAGAUGUAGUAAAGCGUUCUGUACAAAAUGGCGAAAACCGCAUCACUCGAUCACCUUUCGUUCUCAAUAUAUUCAGAAAACAUUCACGGUCCCUCAAUUGUGAAAUAAUAAUAGUCAGUUCUCACUCAUUUUCGUAAUUUUAUGGAAGUUUUUAUUUAAAAUCGGCAAUAUUAAUUAAGUCGGCUCUGGUUGCCAAAUUUAACAUUAAAAUCACCAAGGACGAAACUUUCAUUUCAAAAUUGUUGCGAUCGUGGAUUUCAUAAAGAAAUGUGUUGUAAAAGGAUGAUGGGAGGGAACAGCCCGUCCGUCAUUUUUUUCAUGCAGCAACAAAAGAGUUUCUAGCGCAGGACUCUAUUUAUUAGUCACGUGAUGUAAGUCACUCAAUGAGGAAAUGAAUAUGACUCAUCGUGGUAUUAUAUAUUUUAGAUCUACACUACGUAAUGCUUCAAUUCAAACAAAUGUAGAAUAUGUUCAAUUUUAUAAUUUAUCGAUUCAUCAAGGUGUUGCUCUGCUAUCAUCUUUUGUCAAUCCUACUCUUUACCUCCAUCAGUCUCAUUUCACAUCUAAAACUUAUUCAUGGGAAACAACAACAAUGUUUCGAAAUGGUAUUGAAUAUAGAAAUGUCUCCGUAUCUACUGGUGAUGAUUAUCCAAAAUGGUGGAUUCAAUAUUUGAGUAGUUCCAGUAUAUUGUCAGAUAGAUCGAUUAAUGUUCAAGAACAAGAACAAAUAGCAACAUGGCCUAGCACGCGAAUGCAAGAGCAAGGUGUUCAAACUGAACGUAAACACUCUCAUCAACAAUCCUCUCUAACAGAGAAGAAUUCAUACUAUGAUUUUGAUGAAAAUAAUCGCACUCGCAUACAAACGACCAGUGGAUAUUCAUCACAAAAUGAACAUGCACAAUCAAAAACAAAUUCACGCCUAUCCGACUGUUAUUGUAGUGAUUUAACGGUAACUCUGAAUAAUAAUAAUAAACGAGCUGAUAGAUCAUCAUCUAGCGAGUAUUUAUCAAAUAAAGAAGAUGAUCGAAAUAGAAAUAAUAUUUCGUCUCAAAACCAUACACCAUCGCGAGGAGGAGAUCAGCUUGGUUAUAGACAAUUUAAAUUAUCAUUAAAUACUCUUCCGGCAAGGAACUAUCAUUCAUCAACUAAUCAUUCAGGUAUUAGUUCACAUUUAUCAUCAUCACACCGUUUACGUUCAUCCUGUCGAUUGUGUAAUGCAAGAAAUCGAACAAGUUCAGAAGUAUCAACAACGUUAGACAAUAGAUAUCAUCGACCAGUGACAACCACAUGGGAUCCAAUAUCAACAACCAUAUUCGUUGAUGAUGAAAUACCAAGACGACAAACACGCACUCACAUAGAAAGUGAUGCUUCGUACAUUCCAAUGUCAUCUGAAACAGACCGAAUUUUAGAAAUAGAUCGAAUUAUAGCAAAAUAUCAACGGCAAGCAUCAUUGUAUGGAAUAAGUCAUCGAUCAAAAACGGCAAUGGAGCUGUACAGAGAUGAUAAUUAUUCGGUUCAAUCGUCAAGACGCAAUUCAACAAACAUUAUACCAAUGUCUCGAAGUACAAAAGCAAAAUAUAGUCUUAUUAAACCAUCUAGUGAUGAUAUGAUAAAUACGUAUACAGGUGAACGCUGUAGUGCAUGUAUGGCUCGAUUAUUAGCACCAAGAAUGAAUCCAUUAAUUACACGAUCAUCAAUAUCAGACUCAUCCUUAAUUAAGCCCGAUUAUAUUGAAUUAGACUAUACUGAUCAUUGGAGUCCAUGGAUUCGAUACAAUGAACAACGUAUAAAUGAUUUACAAAAAAGAAUUGAACUAUUACUCCAAACUGAUGAUGAUCAAGAUUUAUUAGCAGUAACAGCUCCAUCUCUGCUAGAGGCAUCAACAAAAACAGUCACACAACAUAUUGAUGAUAUUUUAUUGCGAAACAAAUAUGAUGAACACUAUCGACGGCUUUCCUCCUACGUAAAACAUCGUCCACUCACUUAUCAUUCAUCCUCAGAUAGUAGCAUUACACAUGCAAAUGAUAUGCUAAAUUAUUCAUCAUAUUAUCGUUAUAUACCACGUUUGCUCCGACCAAGACGAAUAACAAAUUAUGGUGCUUUACUAGGACGUUCGUAUCGUUUAUUGCCACCAUCUUCAAGAUUAUCCACACAUAAAAGAUCCGUACGAGUUAGUCCCACAGCUUAUCUAAGAUCUCUACCUGUUUCUUCACGAUUUGCUGAUUAUUUACAUCAUCGUUUGAGAACACCAUUGCGAUCAAUUUUACAUCAUCAAACACCAGCUCAUUAUUCUCGAUCAACAUUACGUUCAGUAUCACCACGUAUGAAGGCUGCUCAUAUCUGGCAAAAUCCACAGGAUGGUACAACAUAUAUUCUUCAACAAUGGGAUAUGCCGCCUUAUUCUCGUCUCUAUGGGGAUGCUGGUUUUCGUCGAAUGUAUAAAAUUUCGUCAGCGAAAGAUCCCUUUUUAGCUGAAACCGAUGUCAAUUUAAAUACAGCAAAAAAUUAUUUAUCUGAUGAACCACCGAUCGGAUCAUCUUAA